CUCUUCUUGGGAGGCGGAGGGAGGUUUGAAAUGGCCGGAAGCGCUCGUGCGGCUCCGCUCCCCCGAGCGGCCGGGGCGGGCGGUUCCUUCCCGUCGGGUGCUGAGGGCGGCGAUGGCGACCAAGCGGCUGGCCCGGCAACUUGGAUUAAUUAGAAAAAGUUCCAUAACUUCCUCAAAUGGCAAGAAUCACACUAGAAUCAAGUCAAGUAAGUGGGCAGCUGUUUGACUAUUUAAUUAUUAUUGACUUUGAGUCUACUUGUUGGAAAGAUGGUAAAUAUCAUUACAGCCAGGAAAUAAUUGAAUUUCCAGCAGUUUUGUUAAACACUUCAACUGGAGAGAUUGAAUCUGAAUUCCACAUGUACGUCCAGCCUCAGGAACAUCCAAUUCUUUCUGAAUUUUGUACUGAACUAACUGGCAUAAAGCAGAAUCAAGUUGACGAAGGGGUUCCUCUAAACAUUUGCUUAUCACAAUUUUCUAAGUGGAUUCAAAAGAUACAAAAGGAGAAGAAAAUUAUUUUCAAUUCAGAUGUUUCAAGCCAUUCUGUUUCUGAAGCAAAAUCAAGUACCUUUGUUACUUGGUCAGACUGGGAUCUGGGAGUUUGUUUGCAGUAUGAGUGCAAAAGGAAGCAGCUGCGAAAACCUGAUAUUUUAAACUCCUGGAUUGAUCUCAGAGCAACGUACAAGCUCUUCUACACUAGAAAGCCAAAAGGGCUAAAUGGUGCUUUACAGGAUCUGGGGAUAGAAUUUGCUGGACGGGAACAUUCUGGGUUGGAUGAUUCUCGGAAUACUGCCCGUCUUGCUUGGAGAAUGAUCUGUGAUGGAUGUGUGAUGAAAAUUACUAAAUCUUUGGAUAAGGUACAUCCGAAGAAGAAUUCAGUGUCCAGAUCUUUGAAUGUGAACCCCAUUGAAGAGAAUCCAUUGGGAAGUAAUGAUGGUGCUGAAACUUCAGAUAAAGAGAGAAUUUGCAAUAGCAACUGUCUAGCUGAGACUGAACACAGUAAAAUUGAUAAAAUGGUUAUAAAGUCCAAUGUAAAGGGAAAAGACCAGCAAGAGUCCAGUUCUACAAGUUCCUCUGCAAAUGUCCAUGUUGGGUCUAAAAGCAGUACAAAGAUUGAUGAAUGUGGUCAAACCCAAAGCUGCUUACCUCCACAUAUUGGCAGACUUCCUGUUCCCUUUGGACAGCUACAGGCUUCUCAUUGUAAUUUACUGACGGGCAUCCAGAAUGGAUUAAAUAAUGGACAUCUUAUUUCUACUUCCAAGUACAGCUCUUCAGUACUUGGUUCAGGGCUAGUGCUUGUCUCCACUACUAUUUCUUCUGUUAAUAUCUCUAAUGUAAAUGUAAGUACUAGUUCUGACUGUUUAUCUAUGUUGGCUGAUUGGGAAGAUGUAGCUUUAAUACCAGAAUCACAGCAUGAAGAAAAUACAGACUCUGUGAAGCUUAAAGAUGACCCAAAUACAGAGACUUCAUCAGUCCUUGGAGAAGUGAUGGUUCUGAAAGAACCAGCUAUGAUGAAUUCAGACUUUGAACGUUUGGGGCAAUUGGAGGCUUCUAAGUCUAUUGUGUACAAAAGUCCUAAUACUACUAUCUAUGAUGUAGGAAUAGCCCAAAGGCAAGCUUUAAAUUGUUCUGCUUUUAAGUUACCAUCUGCGAAGGUAAAUGCUACUUUAUCAAGUACAGUGUUAACUGGAAGUCAUUCCACCCCUUUCCCUCAGACUCCUAAAAGGAAACCAUCUAGUCCAAAAACUUUACCGCCAUCAAAAAAACAGUCAUUCACUGUACAUGAAGAUGAAGCUGCAUCUUCUGAUCAGCCCAUAUCUUUGAGAAAUUCAAGUUCAUACAAAGUUCCUACUGUUCUCUUAAACUCCACAGUCAACCUGAACCAAUCUUUAAAAGCUGUGAAAAGUGACAAACUGACUCCACCCUUAUGUAACUGUGGUCGAAGGGCUAAAAGACUAAAUGUGUCCAGUGCUGGUCCAAAUCAUGGCAAAGUAUUCUAUAGCUGUCCUGCUGGAAAACAUGAAAGGAAGAAGAGAGGCUGUGGAUAUUUCAAGUGGGAGCAUGUACUUCUAAAGGAAAAAUCCACACACACUAUUUCUACUCUUUCCACUACUGCAGCUGGUUUAACAUCUCCUAAAAUAAACUCAGAUUUUUCAGGAAAUUCUCACAGGAAAUAUCCGGGUCUCAGACCUUCUAUGAGAACUUGAAUGUUAAUUAAUUUUUGUCCAACUCUUAACAUAUGCUAAGUGGUCACUGAUAGUACGAAAAAAGAUAAGUAAAUGAUGCCACAGAUUUCAAUUUUAUGAGGAUUGGGCAUGAGUGACAUUGCUGGGCUUACUUCAGAUCAAAAUAGAACUAGUGAAGCAUAAGUGGAGACAGUCAGACAUUAAUAACUUGAGAAAAUUUGAGGAGGUUAGCGUGACUAACAUGAAAGUAUAAGCAGCUGGUAUCCCAAGUUCUAAUAUUUUUAUUUUCUUAUCAGGUAUUUUAGAUUUUUUUUUACCAGCCCAAUCCUUAAAUAUCAGUGUUAGUGAUACAAAUUUUGUUUGUGACUACCUUUUUCUAAAAAUACACCUCUAUAUAACUAACUCUUUACAAUGUAUGCAUAUGUCUUUACCACUUUCUGUCUAAGAAAUGAUACUUGAAGCAGUAAUGAUGCUUUUAAAAUGAUUUUAUACAGUCUUUAUUACUGAAAUGAAAUAAAGAUAAAUGUAAAUUCCUGUGACAUUUUGAGUAAAUAAACUUAAAAGUACCAUA